AUGCAAAGACUUACAAGAAGUAGUGCUCCUUCUAUGCCAAAUAAUGAAAUUAUUAUUGUUGGAUAUAAAAACUUAUGUUUUUCAAAUGCGGCAACUAAUGAUGUAUUUGUAAGACCGGACAUGUAUAAAAUUGUUGAAGAAAAUGAAGAAUUUGAUAUAAACUAUAUUAAAGGAGAUACAUGUAAUGUUCCUGUUCUUUUUAAAUGUUCAAGAACAAAAUUAGGUAUCCAGAGCAGCGAAGAAAAUUAUUCAAAUAUUCAAGUAAUUGAAGAUAAUUGUGUUGGGUCAACUAAAUGCAUGGUUGCAUAUGAUGGAAAGGCAUAUAUGAAAGAAAUUCUUCUGUCGGAUAUUAUUGACAAUAUGAAGCUGGAGCAUGGUAGAAGAAAGCAUGUUUACAAUGCACUUUCCAUUUGCUAUGCAUUUAUGGAUUUAUCAACAAAAUUUCAGUCGCCAAAAUUUGCUACUGAAUUUGAUUUAGCAAUUCACAAUUGGCCUGAUAUUUUGAAGAUAGCUCAAACUCAAUUUGCCGGUAAUGACACACAAAUUGGAGAAGAAUUAGUUGUUCCAUUUACAUGGAAUUAUCUUACAAUAUCUGCAAAAGGAUCAUACACGGAUUUUCAAAUAAGUUUUGGUGGCUCUUCUAUCUGGAUCAGCAUAAUUUUUGGAAAGAAAACAUGUUGGCUUAUACCACCAACUGAUUAUAAUCUUAAUGCUUAUGAAUUUUAUUUAAAAGAUUCAUCUGCAUCAAAAUUAUUUUUUGGUUUUGUUGCUGAAAAUUGCUGCAGAAUCACUUUAACUGCUGGACAAUCCUUCUAUCUUCCAGCAGGUUAG